AUGGAGUACCUGGAGUCUAAGAAAAUCAUGCACUGUGAUUUGGCUGCCAGAAAUGUGCUGCUCAACUCCGAAUUGCGUGCAAAGGUCUGUGAUUUUGGACUGUCUAGGAUGCUGGAGAAGGAUUACUAUAGAUUGCACGAUGACAAGACAAUACCGUUGUACUGGUCAGCGCCAGAAUGGAAUACAACUAAGAAUGUCUCUCAUAAGUCUGAUGUUUGGAGUUUUGGGGUUGUUCUGUGGGAAAUGUUCAGUAAUGGAAGUGAUCCCAAAAUGAAGUGUGAAAGUGCUAAGGAAUUUGUUCUCAAGAUAGCAAGUGGCGAGAGAUUGAAGAAACCUGAGGACUGCCCAGAUGACAUGUACAGUUUAUGA